AUGUCGAGUAGCAGCUACCGGGGGUCACUUUGCAAACUUACCGGUGAACUGAACGGGCAGCAGUCUCACAAGGUGUCAGGAGCCUCUUCUUCGAGCCGGAAGAGGAAAAGACGCAUCAAAGACGAGGUCGAGGAAGAAGGCGCGAUGCCUCAGCAAGCUGCCGCCAAAGCACGGUCCGCGAACGCAUACGUCUCGGAAUUGAGAGCCACCUUGACCCGAUAUGAGGACCAAAUAAAGGAGCUCGCCAGACAACCACGAGCACAACCUUCGCCACCCGCCCGGGGGGUCUCAACAGGGGCAUCAAAUCCGAGUCCACCAGGCAUUGCACCCUUUGAGCCUACCGGUGAGGUACCGCCUCCGAGUUAUGAACGUGCUCCCGGCCCGCUCUUCGAGCAACGGUUGCGGAGUCUCUUCCACGAGAACAAUGGCAAAGACCCAGACUCUCCGGAGAAGGAUGCUCCGGAACACCUGGAGAACGAGGAUCCGCGUGACCUGCCAUUUACCCCUGAAUGGACUUCAACAAAUGAGUUGAUCAAGGGCAUCCCUCACCAGGCCUUCCCCAAAGAGGCCGAGUCUAAUCGUCUCCUGAACCUCUUCAACUCCUACAUGGGAGUCACACAGCACUUCUUAGACCAGCGGACAUUCACAGACAACAUGACGCUGCUUUUCAACAGCCAAGCAUCUCGAGCUCGGCAGAUGGACACGCCCUGGUUCACAUUGUACCUUCUAGUCAUGGCCAUGGGCAAACUGAUGGAGGAGGAUCCGCGCGAGGUUCGCGGACCCCCGGGAGCGUUCUGGUUUGCUGAGGCCAUGAGGCGGCUCCCGCCACUUCACAGCAUCAGCGAGUAUGGCAUAGUUGGGCUUGAGAUUCUAUGUCUGGCGACGACAUAUCUGCAAUGGAACGACCGGAAAAAUGAUGCAUACUUUUUCGUGGGAACAACAGUCAGACUUGCCCUGACUCUGGGUUGCAACUUGCCAUUUUCAGAGCAAAAGUGCCUACCAUCAGAGAGAGCACACAGAAUGCGGGUGUGGUGGACUGUCUACAUGCUGGAUCAGCGCAUAUCGGCAGGUCUCGGGCGUCCAGCUUCCGUUGAUGAUAGGCAUCUUUCGUUUGAUCUCCCUGGCCCCUCUCCAGGGUUUGAUUCUCCAGAGCCUCUCAAUGUCAACGUCAAGAUUGCCCGGACAACGGGAGAGAUCAUGUCAUCAUUAUAUAGUCGAGGCGCACUAUCGCAAGCCGAUCUUGUCAGGAAGAUGAGAAACUUGCUCCAAUCACUACACGACAUUGGCGGAUCUAUCCCGGCAGAUCUUGCCAUUGACUUCAGCAACAAGCAGUUUGAGGUCACCAGAGCUGGUGCAUCACUAUAUCUGAGGUUAUUUCAGUCCAUCAUUCUCUGCAUCAGACCAAUUCUUCUCCAAAAGGUCAAAGACAAGGUUCAGAAAACACAGAAGCAGGCUGUGACCUCGGCAAUCUCUCAACUGUGCCUUCUGUGCAACGAGUCGGCUCUGAGAAUUAUCCGCAUCCUCAUGGCUAUGCAAAGGCAAGAAGAAAUUGCGCCAUUUGCAUUCUUCGAUCUGGAUGCUGCCUUUUCAGCCGCCUUCGUCCUAAUCAUGCGCGGCUUCGCACACAAGCAGGAUAGUCAAAAGCCGCCACCGCAAGAACUGUUCCAGGCCAUUGAUUUCUUGGAGUAUCUGUCCUCUGCAGGAAACCAGGCGGCAGCGCAGCGUCUCAAGGAUGUUCGGCAGUUUUCUGCACACGUGUGGGCCAAUGUGGUAGCGUUCGAUAAGGACCAUGACGUGCAGAUGGGAGAUUCCGGGGCGUCCCAUGGGGUACCCCAGGUGGGGAACACACCCGGAGCCGGACUACCGGAGCAGUCGGGACCUUCACCGGCCCAGAUGCCCUUGACUACGCCGACGCCCAGUUCCUCUGUGCCGUCUUGGGAGGGAGAAAUGUUUGGAGGACCUGCUGACACCUAUGGAUCAGACACGUUGUUCGGUCUGAACUUGGAUGAGAAUCUGGAACAAGCCUUUGGGCUGGAAGCGGCGGAGGGUAUCUAUAAUAGUUUCAAUGACCCUACUCUCCCCUUAACGGGAGUUGACCAGCUGGAUUGGGCUGAGCUGGAAAAGAUGAUGGCACCGGGAGGAUCUGUAUUCAACUAUCCACGUAGAAAUUUCACAAUGGUUCAAUCAAUAUUAGACAGCGUCUCCAUCCUUGGCGCCGGCAACGAAGCUUCUCGCCGGAUCCUUACCAAGGAAGCCGUCAACUUCCUCGCAAUCCUGCACCGCAGUUUCGAGCCGACUCGCCAACACCUUCUCAAGCUCCGCCAACAACGUCAAAUCGACACAGAUAACGGACACCUGCCAGACUUCCUCCCUGAGACUAAGCACGUUCGCGAUGAUAAGAACUGGAGAGGCGCCCAGCCAGCGCCUGGUUUGGUAGAUCGCAGAGUUGAAAUUACCGGACCCACGGACAGGAAAAUGGUCGUCAACGCGCUCAACUCUGAUGUUUGGGCCUACAUGGCUGAUUUUGAAGACUCAAACGGUCCUACAUGGGACAACAUGAUUCAGGGCCAGGCCAAUCUCUACGACGCCAUCCGCCGGCAAGUUGACUUCAAGCUCGGCGAAAAAGAGUACAAGCUCAGAACUGAUCGCACACUUCCGACUUUGAUCGCCCGCACGCGCGGAUGGCACCUGGACGAGAAACAUUUCACCGUCGACGGGCAGCCCAUGUCCGGCGCCCUAUUUGAUUUUGGACUCUACUUUUUCCAUAAUGCCAAAGAGUUGAUUUCCCGCGGCGCCGGCCCCUAUUUCUACCUGCCCAAGAUGGAGUCGCAUCUCGAGGCGAGGUUAUGGAACGACGUGUUCAACAUGUCGCAGGACUACAUCGGUAUCUCACGAGGUAUCAUCCGCGCUACCGUGUUGAUCGAGACCAUCAGCGCUGUUUUCGAGAUGGACGAGGUUCGUAUCACUCAAUCAUUACAAGAAUCAGUUCCCUCACUAACAUGCUUUAAGAUCAUCUACGAGCUCAGAGAUCAUAGCUCAGGCCUCAACUGCGGCAGAUGGGACUACAUCUUCACUUUUGUCAAGCGCUUCCGCAACCGCCCUGGCUUCGUUCUCCCCGACCGCUCCGACGUAAGCAUGACCGUCCCCUUCAUGGACGCCUACGUCAAGCUCCUCAUCAGCACAUGCCACGCCCGCGGCGUCCACGCAAUGGGCGGCAUGGCGGCCCUCAUCCCGCGCAAGGACGAUCCGGCCGCGAACGCCCAAGCGAUGGACAGCGUGCGCGCCGACAAGCUGCGCGAGGUCAAGGCCGGACACGACGGUACCUGGGUUGCGCACCCGGCGCUUGCGUCGAUUGCGUCGGAGAUUUUCAACGAACACAUGCCUACCGCGAACCAGAUCUUCAAGAGGCCCGAGGUGAAGGUCACGCGCGACGAUUUGAUCAACUCUGUUGUUCCCGGAAAAAUUACCGACGAGGGUGUGAGGAAGAAUUUGCAUAUCACUCUGGCGUACAUGGAGGGUUGGCUUCGCGGUGUGGGCUGCAGUGCUAUCAACUAUCUCAUGGAGGACGCCGCAACAGCUGAGGUAUCGCGCUCACAACUGUGGUACUGGGUACACCACGGCGUCAGCACCGCUGAAGGCACAAAACUCGACAAGACAACAAUGCUCAACAUCCUCGACGAGGUCACAAAGGAGCUGCUCAAGUCUGCGCCGGCGAACAACAAGUUCGAGCUGGCGGCGAAAUACCUGCGGCCGCAAGUUACGGGCGAGGACUACGCCGACUUCCUCACGACACUACUUUAUGAUGAGAUUACUUCUGUUGGGCCGUCAUGGAAGCUCUAG